UAACAAACGGGUGCUAGGUUAGCUCUCUUUAAAAUUGUUGAGGCAUAAACCCAAGACUUUACACAAACACUCUGUUCAAUCAAGAAAAACACAAUUCAAUGGGUUCGAAACCUUGCUUCAUUGAUAAACUAGUAGUUCCUGGUGAUGUUGUUUUGGAUCUUUCCAGCAUGACUAACCAAACGAUUAAACUGGGUGGCGGCCUCCAACAGGACCAUGACGCUGUAACUGUCGUCAAAGCAGGUAUUUUGAGAUUUUCAAAGCCAAACAAGUACUGGAUUGAAAGCUCACACAAAAGAUAUAUACCUACCGUGGGGGAUGCUGUCCUUGGAAUUGUUGUGGACAAAAGAGCAGAUGUAAGCAUUUUUAAGUAUUUCAAAACUGUUUCUUAUUAUUCUUAUUGUAAGUAAUACCACAGUUUAUUG